UUCUCCUUUAUUUUCGUUUCUUUAUGGUCUAAUGCGGGGAUUGCCCUCCCUGCGUUGGACCCGUUUACCCGACCCGGGUCGAUACUCACGCAGCCCGGAAACUCUCCUCUGACAAUUAAUUUAUUAUAUAUGGGUUGCUUCAACUCCAAGCAUUCUUCUUCUUCUCCGGCGGGUCCUUCACGCCCUCACCGCCGUCGUUUCGACACAGCUGCCCACCACCGAAGUCAUCCCCAAGAUCACCAUAAACGCCACGUUCUUCCCGGUCCACCAUCUCACCGCCGUGUCGUCAACUCAUCUCCGAAAAAACAUCACAAAAAUGACGAUGAUGCUCCAAGAUCGAGGACGUCCGGUGUUAGCCUGAGAUCGAGCUUGCCGCACGGAAAUGUAGAGGCUGAGCAGGUGGCGGCUGGUUGGCCCUCCUGGCUCAGCUCUGCCGCACCUGAGGCCGUUCAUGGAUGGGUUCCACUACGGGCCGAGGACUACGAGAAAAGAGAGAAGAUCGGACAAGGGACGUAUAGCAACGUGUUCCGGGCUUGUGAGGUAUCGACGGGACGAGUUAUGGCUUUAAAAAAAAUACGGGUCCAAAAUUUUGAAACUGAAAAUAUAAGAUUCAUUGCGAGAGAAAUCAUGAUUUUGAGAAGAUUAGAUCAUCCCAAUAUUAUGAAACUCGAAGGGAUCAUCGCGUCAAGGAAUUCAAACAGCAUGUACUUUGUGUUUGAUUACAUGGAACACGAUCUCGAAGGCUUAUGUUCAUCUCCCGACAUCAAAUUCACCGAGGCACAGAUAAAAUGCUACAUGAAGCAAUUGCUAUGGGGAGUAGAACACUGUCAUCUACGAGGGAUUAUGCACAGAGACAUUAAAGCCGCAAAUAUUCUGGUGAACAACAAAGGAGUUUUAAAGCUAGCUGAUUUUGGAUUAGCCAACAUUGUAACACCAAGAAACAAGAAUCAGUUGACGAGUCGGGUCGUGACAUUAUGGUACCGUGCACCAGAACUCCUUAUGGGCUCGACCAGUUAUAGUGUAUCGGUCGACCUCUGGAGUGUUGGUUGUGUUUUCGCAGAGAUUCUUACCGGAAGACCACUUCUUAAAGGAAGAACAGAGAUUGAACAACUUCACAAGAUUUAUAAACUCGCUGGAUCACCAGAUGAAGAAUUUUGGGAAAAGAAUAAGCUUCAUCCUCAAACUAAGAUGUUUAGACCACAACAUCAAUAUGAAGGUUGUCUAAGAGAAAGAUUUGAUGAGUUUCCAAAAACAGCAAUUAAUCUUCUUGAGAAUCUAUUGUCCAUUGAUACUGAGAAACGAGGAACUGCUUCUUCUGCCCUUAUGUCAGAGUACUUUAACACAAAGCCUUACGCUUGCGAUCCAUCGACAUUACCUACGUAUCCUCCUAAUAAAGAAAUGGAUGCUAAGUACCGCGAAGAACUUCAACGAAGGAGAAGAGUUAGUGUCAAGAAAAGAGAUAAUUUGGCAACAAAGAAAUUGGGGAAAUCUCGUAGAACAGUGAAAGAGCCUACAAAUCUCAACAGAUUACCAACCCACCAGGAAACGAAGAAGGAAGCUGAAACACAGAUUGUAAUCCAAACGCCGUCAGAGACAUCUCAGGCAACGACGCGAAGCGAGUUUCCUUACAACAGUUUAUCUCAAACCACCGCACCAGCGAGCGGGUUCGCUUGGGCAGGAGCAAAGAAGAGGAAAGAAAACGACGUAGCUUCAACGUUGACUUAUAACCAGCCGGCUGGAUCUGCGAGCCAUGUCAGUGGUAUGAGUAUGGCUUUCGCUAAGAACACUUUCGGGUUGACGAUAAACGAAGAGAAACCAAGCAUUCUUAGGCCUCACGUUUCUCUCGACUCCUCUGAUGUAUUGUUGUUCUCUGGCUUGCAUCACAAGAAAACAGAAGACGAUACGGAUUUGACAAAUUUUGGAGCGAAUCCGAAGAUUUUUCAAACAAAUGGGAUGAAUGAAAUAUUAAGGAGGACUGAAAGUGAUGUUAGAGUUGGUGUUCGAAAACCACCACGAAUAGAGAGAGGUUAAAAUUGGGGGGAAGAAAACUAAUUACCAGCAUUUUCAGCCAAGGAUAUAUAAUUUUUUUUUACCUACCAUCAUCUGUAGUCCAUAUUUGUUUAAUUUGUCACAAAAAAAAAA